AACUUGAUCAAGCAUCAACAUUUCCUUCCGGUUAAAAAUAGAUCCAAAUUAUAAAAUUUUAAUUUCUGGCACUUGAAUCACGUGUUCGAACAAUUUAGUGGUUGUCGAACUGUAAACACAGAUCAUGUGCUGUGAAACGAAUGGCGCCAAAAAAGUCGACUCAUUCUUAGAAACGACUCACCACUGAACAGAGUAUUUGUAAACUUCAGUAAAAUUGAAAUAAACAAUUAUUUAUUCAAUGCUGCUCCAGUUCGAUAUUUGAUCUAAUAACGAUUUUAUCGUUCUACAAUGGCUCAGCCCGUUCUGACUGCAUGUGGUUUACAAAGUGAGCUCCUACCCCGCUUCACCUUGAUCAAAGAGGACUCCGGAGUAGAUGGAGGAUUUCUAAUAGCCGCUACAUUGGGCCAACGUCUCAAGGCAUCCAGAGACAAUCACGUACUUCUGAUAGCUACGCAUCACACCUACCAUCAUUACAGCUCGGCAUGUAUGAAGAUAGGCUUUAAUCUGGGCCCGGCACGUGAAUCCGGACAACUGGAAAUCCUAGACGUCGGUGCCGAGUUGUACCGCAACUACCCUGACGCCACCCCCUCUCUAGAUGACAUCAAUAAACGAAUCGACACUUUCCUGGAAACGAACCAGAAUGCGUCCAUUCUCAUUGAUGAUCUAUCUUACUUCCUGAACUUCGACCACUCGGAAGCGCAGUUGAUCGACUUUGUGGAGCAGUUUGCCGUCCCGACUGACGAACAACGUCAUCACUCGCUGGUAAUCAAAUUAAAUACGGCUGAUCUGUGGCCAACACUGUGCGCCAAUCUGGACGAUAUGGCACAAACCGAGAUCCGACUGCAGCGGUUGGCAUCCGGGCAGUUUCGCGAAGUGGACGGGCGACUUAUUGUGCGUCGUUACCCUACGGAGAAGGAUGCCGGAGCACAAGGUUUGAUGAAAGUGAAGGUGGUGGAUAAAUCGGUGCUGUACAAGGUUAAUGAAAGAAAUGUCAAGGUAUUUGUGCCGGGAGAGAUAGGUAUUAAGAAUUUGUGAGGGCUGGAUAAACGUUUUGUACACUAAUA